GGCGUGUUUGAUGAAGGGAAAAUAUGGGAGGAGAGCCACCGUCUGCUUUCUCCCCUGAUCUUGGGGAUGUGAAUCAUAAGCUUUGUUACCUCAAGUCUGUAAUGGGAAUCAAGAAGCCAUGAUCCACCUUAAACAGUUUGAAAGUAUGUUGUAAAUUUCUGCGUUGACCAUCUUUGGUUCCACAGUUGGACAUAUGUUGAUGUGAAUCAGUUACUUGCUAACAUGGUUGAUAGUGAAUUGUGCAAAAUAUGGCAAGUUCACGGUGAGUUUAGAACACUCUCUCUCUUAUACAUGCUUAUGUACAUUUUUUCUCUAUAUAUACUAUUUUGAAAGGGGUUCCUAUUUCUUUUUCUAUUUCCGUUUUUUCUUUUUGCUGGAAGCCAUCCUCCGGCUAGGUUCUUUGGAAUGUUUACCAAUUUGAGCUAACAGAAAGGCAUUCUUUACGUUGGCCUCUUAUUCAACUUAGGUGUUCAAACCUAGCCUUUUGGGCAGGAUGAGGGGCUUGUCAUUUUUUUGUUACUGUAUUCUGAUAUGCAUAUUUGUUUGUUUUGUGAGGAGAUGAUAUCGUUUAAACGGUCAAAAAAAAUUUCCUUGAAAAAAUUUUCCUAUCUAUCAAACUAGGCAUUUUUUUCCGUUCAAAAAAGUUCCAGGCCAUCAAACAUGGCUUGAAACAAGAAAAAGGGAAUUUUACCCUCCUGUCAUUUUACCAUGGAUAUUUUACCCUAGAAAAAAUUCCACCUCAAAAAAAUCCAAGCCAUCAAACGUGGCCUUAUGGAAAAUUUCACCUUACAGACUUUUUAAAACAAAAAGCUGCAGUCCUACGCCGGACGUUUAAAAGAAAGACAGCCAUCCGAUCUUGCCAAAGGAAAAAGGAGGGAAAGACUGUCAACCGUUGGAUUUUCUCCGCUGCCCUUAUAUAACCCCCUUCUCCCCUAUGUACUGUCAGCCGCUUCACCGUUUUUUUGAAAGAAAUCCUUCUCUCCUUCUCCCUCUCCCUUUCUGUGUUCUGUCAUUUGUAGUCGAAGAAGACAGAAGAUCGGAAAGAAAAAUGAGAGAAAUACUUCACAUUCAGGGGGGCCAAUGCGGUAACCAAAUCGGAUCCAAGUUCUGGGAGGUCGUCUGCGAAGAGCACGGCAUCGGUCCGACCGGGCGAUACGUUGGGUCGUCCGAUCUGCAGCUUGAACGUGUAAAUGUCUACUACAACGAAGCGAGUUGCGGGCGGUUCGUCCCCCGGGCCGUGCUCAUGGAUCUCGAGCCCGGGACCAUGGACAGCGUCCGCACAGGGGCCUACGGCCAGAUCUUCCGGCCGGACAACUUCGUUUUCGGGCAGUCUGGCGCCGGAAACAACUGGGCCAAGGGGCACUACACCGAGGGCGCCGAGCUCAUCGACUCCGUUCUUGACGUCGUGCGUAAAGAGGCCGAGAACUGCGAUUGUCUUCAAGGGUUUCAAGUCUGCCACUCUCUCGGUGGUGGAACUGGGUCAGGAAUGGGAACCCUUUUGAUAUCGAAGAUCAGAGAGGAGUAUCCUGAUCGCAUGAUGCUUACCUUUUCUGUUUUUCCAUCCCCAAAGGUUUCCGACACGGUGGUUGAACCUUACAAUGCCACUCUGUCCGUCCAUCAGUUGGUGGAAAAUGCUGAUGAAUGCAUGGUUUUGGACAACGAAGCUCUCUAUGACAUUUGCUUCAGGACCUUGAAGCUUACGACCCCCAGCUUUGGUGAUCUAAACCAUUUAAUUUCUGCCACAAUGAGUGGGGUGACAUGCUGCUUGAGAUUCCCUGGACAACUGAACUCCGACCUGCGUAAGCUUGCUGUUAAUCUUAUCCCCUUCCCACGUCUUCACUUCUUCAUGGUUGGAUUUGCUCCCCUUACCUCAAGAGGCUCACAGCAGUAUAGGGCACUCACUGUCCCUGAGCUCACACAGCAGAUGUGGGAUGCCAAAAACAUGAUGUGUGCAGCUGAUCCUCGUCAUGGCCGCUAUCUGACUGCCUCUGCCAUGUUUAGGGGAAAAAUGAGCACAAAAGAGGUUGACGAACAGAUGAUCAAUGUGCAGAACAAGAACUCUUCGUACUUUGUGGAGUGGAUCCCAAACAAUGUGAAGUCCAGUGUCUGCGAUAUUCCACCAAAGGGUUUGUCCAUGGCAUCGACCUUCAUUGGCAACUCUACUUCAAUUCAGGAAAUGUUCAGAAGGGUGAGUGAGCAGUUCACUGCCAUGUUCAGGAGAAAAGCUUUCCUUCACUGGUACACUGGUGAGGGCAUGGACGAGAUGGAAUUCACCGAGGCCGAGAGCAACAUGAAUGAUCUGGUCUCCGAAUACCAGCAGUACCAGGAUGCCACUGCAGAUGAGGAGUAUGAUGACGAGGAAGAAGAGAUAAUGGACGACGGUGCUGAAAUGUGAGAGGUAAAGCGUAUCUGAGAUGUGGGAGUAUGGAGAAGGCAUGCCUGGAGUUACCGAUCAGUCUUGCCUCAUUAUGCUUACAACAUUAAGGGUUGCUGAUUCUCCUGCUGUUUUGGCGGAGUUGGUGGAGAACUCCUUACCCUGGUAGGUAUAGUGCCUUUUUUUUUUUUUUCUGUUUUAGUUUCAAUUUCGAGAUUUCACGCCUGAAACUUGUCUUCUGUGUCAAGUAUCUUUACAUCCUAUAGGCUUGCUGAGAAUAUGCUAGACCCCAUUGGGAUAAAGAUGAGCAUUUUAGAUGGCUUUUGGAUAGAGACGAGCAUGUGGAGUGGUAUUAUUUGGUAGUCCUUUUUUCCA